ACUAAUGAGACUAAACUAAUGGGAUUGCUGUUCUGCUUUAGUUCUUUAUAGUCUACCAAUUAUCCCUACUACAUAGUAUAGGCCUGAAUCAUUCAUUUUAAACCACUAACUUAUAAAUGUCCUGUUCUGCUUCUAGAAAAGGCGUGAUGUGCUAAAUUUAAUUUGAGUCCUGAUCCAACAAGUCAAGGUUUCAAUGCCACCUUAAUGCAUUAGGUCAGUUUUAGGCACUUUGAUCAUGGUGUAUUUUGGGAAGUAAAACUGCAACACUCUGAAAGGUACAAUAACAGUGGAACAAUUUUCAUUUCAAGUCAGUGUUAUGAAGGACUGUCAUGGUGUCACUUGGAAUCAAUGAGGCUGUUUGCUUACUUUUAGAUAGAGAUGUUUAGAUAGAAAUGAAACAAGUACCAGCCAUUCAAACAGGUCAAAGAUUGCUUUUACGUGAAGGAGAAACGUUGUUAAUUCCACAUUCCGCUUCAUCCUCGUCACCAAUAAUACAGCCGGCGUCAUCAUUAAAACCUAAACUCGCCUCAAAGUGAAGUUCGCUGCUUUGAGCUUUUGAUUGUGACCGCGGAGUCAGAUUCCUGAGGCGAGGAAACCAAAUGAACACAGGUACCACAUGGGCCCAAGAAAUAGUGGAUCUGCUGCUGCAUAAUGGAGAUGCUGAGAUUUGUAAGAGAGCUCCGACUGCCGCACGCUUCCCAUUUCUGGAGAUCCAGUAUCCUCCUCCAGUUCCAUCAGGACUGGACCUACUAAAAACAUUGAAACCUCCCAGAGUCAUCAAGACGCACUUACCCAUACAGCUGGUGCCUGAAGGAUUCUGGGAAAAUAAAUGCAAGGUUAUUUAUGUGGCUCGAAAUGCUAAAGACAACCUGAUCAGCUACUACCAUUUUGACCAAAUGAAUCUGAUUCAUCCAGAACCAGGUUCAUGGGAAGAAUAUCUCCAGAAGUUCAUGGAGGGCAAAUUGGCCUGGGGAUCUUGGUACGACCAUGUGAAAGGUUACUGGAAAGAAAGAGAGAAGAGAAAUAUCCUUUACAUGUUCUUUGAGGACAUGAAAGAGAACCCUCGUCGAGAAAUAGUGAGGAUCAUGCGGUACCUGGACCUGUCGCUAUCUGAUGACAUCAUCGACAAGAUCGUGGAGUUGACGUCCUUUAAUGUCAUGAAGAACAACCCAAUGUCCAACUACUCGUCUGUCCCAAAGAUCAUAUUUGACCACUCCAUCUCUCCUUUCAUGAGAAAAGGGGAGGUUGGAGAUUGGACCAACUACUUCACACCAGCUCAGUCCCAGAUGUUUGAUGAAGACUACGCCAGAAAAAUGGCUGACGUGGACAUUCCCUUUCGCACCAGGAUAUGAAAGACGUCGUUGACAUGAAUCUAAACUGGUGCUGUCAUGAACGGUUUACUAAACACAGAUAUGCAAAGAUCAUUUAUUAGUCUAUGAAGGAUUUGUUAAAAGAAAAAUAAAACUUUGUAAAAGAAUCAGUUAUCUUUUAAAUUUGUAAGGGUUACAGCAUGAAGAAAUUAAUAAUGAGUCCGAUUUAAUAAUGUGUCAUAAAUAAAGACCAUUUUAAUAUUAAAAGUACAAACAAUAUAUAUGGAUUUGUAUCCUUGUCCAGCCUGAUGAGCAUCUUUUUCUAGGUCCUCAGAAAUCUCCUUUGUUCGUGCCAUGAUACAUUCCCACAAAAGUGUGUUGUGAAGAUCAUACUUUGAUAGAACCCUGUGCUUUAAAUAAAACAGGGCGCUUCCUCACUCACACCUGAUUGUCAUCCCAUUGAUUGAAAACACCUGACUCUAAACACCUAAUUUCACCUUCAAAUGAACUGCUAAUCUGAAAUGUUCACAUACUUUUGCCACUCACAGAUAUGUAACAUUGGAUCAUUUUCCUCAAUAAAUAAAUGACCCAGUAUAAUA